CGAACAAACAAACAAGCCUCUCGUCAACUCAACCACCCACGACUCCCUCCUCCUACGAUCGCGCACGCGCACGCAUCACCUGCAAAUCCUGCAACGCCUUGAUAACGAUUGAUGGCGAUGGAAUCCACCGACGCCGACGCAGAAGAAGCCCAGAUCGUGGAGAAUCUUCACAUCGAGAGCGCGACAGAAAAAAUCACGAAGCGCAUCGUCACCGCCGCUCGCAGGAUUCACGAUGCCACGAACCAAUGGCCUUAGGAAGUCGUCCUUGGCUUCUUGCCUAAGAAACCCUGGAGCUGCUCUCUUACCGAAGAAAUGGCGCACCUCUUUGUCGCCACCGUCAAACCUUCAACCGACGCAGAUGAAGCUGCUACGCCUACGCCUUCACAUACGACCGACGAGAUCCGCGAGUCCCUCCUUCGAAGUGCGUGUCGCCGUGACGCAAACAACCCGAAUCUCAAACUUGAAGAUGUGCGCUAUGCUUUGAGCCACUUCAAUGUUGGCAAAAAGGCUGUGACGCGUCAGAGCCAAAGUGCGAGGCCUGAUAGUGAGAGUAUCAUCAUGGACGGCGAGGAGGAGUCGACGGAUACUCAGCUUCAGCCUGAGCCUCAACCCGAGGCACAGACUGUGAUAGUGAAUGCUUAUGGCAAACACCUUGGCUCACCGCUUGUCUCUGUCUCUACCCAGUCUCCCAAGCGAGCUCGGACUGCCAACUCUGAAGGCGCAAGCAGCCUCUUGUUGAACAGCCCACUUGGUCGUCGUACUUCCUCCGUUUCAGUCGUUGCAGACUCACCCCGAACAGCCCCAACCCACCUUCCUCACGCGCUUGCCAAUAUCCCAUACAUCUGCUCUACCCUCGUCAAGAAGAGCGAAGACGACAGCCUCAGCUGCAGCACCCAGAUCGACGAGCUCGCAAAACGCAUCUCCACGGGCCAGAGGUCCCUUUCCAACGCCUCCCUCGAGAACACCAUCGCGACACUCGCCACCAAGCGCGCCGAGCUCGACGCCCAGCUCAUGACCAAGGCGUCCAUCGAGAAGGGCAAAGCAAUCUUCGAUCAGCACAAGCACGAAAUGGCCCUCGAUCCUGUCGCCAUCGAUACCACGACGCAGAGCUACAACGCGAGACUCCAGGCAUGCGAGCAUGACAUCGCGCAGCUUCAGCCCGAGGUGACGGCCCUUGAGGAUCAGCUUCGCAAAGACGAGGCCAGCAGUUCAGCGCUCCAGAGCCAGAUUGAGAAUGACACUUUGGAGAAGAACCGACUGGAAGCUUCCUUUCGGGAAAUUGGUGACAAGACCAAUUACUUGCGUGUCAUUGGCAGUCUCGUCGAUCUUGGACCCGAUGGACUUGCUCGACUGACCAGUGAUUUGGCCAAACGGGAUAUUUCGCUGUUUGAUCUUGCGCAUCAAAUUCAAGGCAAUGGCCCUAUCGAUCCAGACUUGGAGAUGAAUUGAGAAUGUUAUGCAGCUAUUAUUGGUAGUUCGGGUAGUAUUCUGCCGAGUAGGAAUGGAGUGGCCAUCGGAACGAAUCUUGAUUCAACGCGACGCGACACAUAGGCGUCGGGCGAGGGGACAUGUACAUUCAGAGCAUCCACAUACAUAGGUGUUGAUAGAUUCCCUGUAUUUAGAGUAACAUCGGUUAUCCAUGUCCAGGCCGUGAACAGUCCUAUCCGAAUAACUUGUCAGUACAAUGAAUUGAAUUGAGAUGCCGUGACAAACGCAUCCCGGAC